AACACCCUUCUCUCCAUGCAGCAUCAAAACGCCGCCGUUUUUUCCAGAUUCUCGACCUUGCCUGUUUCUUUUUCUUCUCCGUCUUCCUCACGCUUCUCUGCCUUAUUUACUCGUCUGAAAAGCAAGAGCCCCGGGGGGAAGAAACACUCCCAGAGACCUUUAAGGUGGAGUGGGUGUAAUUGGGUUGUUCUCAAACAAAUGCCUGCCUCCUCUUCUCUCAAAUCUGGCUGUGAGGAUAAUGAUAACAACAUCAGUAAUAAUAAUAAUGGCUCUCUUCGUAGUUUCAAGCUGAACGAGUCCACCUUUUUGGCUUCUCUCAUGCCCAAGAAAGAGAUUGGUGCUGAUCGCUUUCUCGAUGAUCACCCGGAGUACGAUGGCCGCGGUGUUGUCAUUGCUAUCUUCGAUUCCGGUGUAGAUCCGGCAGCUGCUGGAUUACAGGUUACCUCUGAUGGGAAACCAAAAAUUCUUGACGUCCUUGAUUGCACUGGGAGCGGAGAUACUGAUACCUCAAAGGUGGUGAAGGCUGAUGCUGAUGGUCGUAUCUGCGGGGCAUCAGGGUCAUCUCUGGUUAUCAAUACUUCAUGGAAAAAUCCUUCUGGUGAAUGGCAUGUGGGUUAUAAAUUGGUUUAUGAGCUCUUCACAGAAACAUUGACUUCUAGAGUGAAGAAAGAAAGAAAGAAAAAGUGGGACGAGAAAAACCAGGGGGAAAUUGCCAAGGCUGUGAAAGAACUUGAUGAUUUUGAUAAGAAACACAUCAAAGUGGAGGAUGCAAAGCUGAAAAAGGCUCGUGAAGAUAUCCAGAAUAGACUUGACAUUCUUAGAAAGCAGUCUGAGAGCUACGAUGACAAAGGGCCUGUCAUAGAUGCCGUUGUUUGGCAUGAUGGAGAGGUGUGGAGGGUGGCUCUUGACACUCAGAGUCUUGAGGAUGAUCCAGAUAGUGGGAAGCUUGCUGACUUUAGUCCAUUAACUAAUUAUAGGACAGAGAGGAAGUAUGGUGUCUUCAGCAAAUUAGAUGCUUGUUCAUUUGUUGUUAAUGUCUAUAAUGAUGGGAACAUCUUAAGUAUUGUAACAGACUGCUCCCCCCAUGGUACCCAUGUUUCUGGUAUAGCUACUGCAUUCCACGCCAAGGAGCCCUUGUUAAAUGGAGUUGCACCUGGAGCACAAUUAAUAUCUUGUAAAAUUGGGGACUCUCGCCUAGGUUCAAUGGAAACAGGAACUGGUUUGACACGGGCAAUAAUAGCUGCUGUGGAGCAUAAAUGUGAUCUAAUCAACAUGAGCUAUGGUGAACCAACAUUACUUCCUGACUAUGGACGCUUUGUUGACCUUGUGAACGAAGCUGUAAACAAGCAUCGUCUGAUAUUUGUAAGCAGUGCUGGAAAUAGUGGUCCAGCAUUGAACACUGUUGGUGCUCCUGGUGGAACAUCUUCAAGCAUAAUAGGUGUUGGUGCGUAUGUCUCUCCUGCUAUGGCAGCUGGUGCACAUUGUGUAGUAGAACCUCCAUCUGAUGGGCUUGAAUACACUUGGUCUAGCCGAGGACCAACAGCUGAUGGAGACCUUGGUGUCUGCAUAAGUGCUCCUGGUGGUGCUGUUGCUCCCGUUCCUACGUGGACUCUUCAACAGCGCAUGCUAAUGAAUGGGACAUCAAUGGCAUCUCCAUCAGCCUGUGGGGGAAUUGCAUUACUCAUAAGUGCAAUGAAGGCUGAGGGCAUUCCUGUAAGUCCGUAUAUUGUGAGGAAGGCUCUUGAGAAUACAGCAAUUCCCAUAGGUGAUUCAGCCAAGGAUAAAUUAUCCACUGGACAAGGGCUUAUGCAAGUUGACAAGGCUUAUGAAUAUCUACAGCAAUCUCUAAAUGUUCCACGUGUUUGGUAUCAAGUAAAUAUCAAGCAAUGUGGAAAAAAAAAUCCGUCAUCACGAGGCAUCUACUUGAGGGAGGCUAGUGCUUGCCAGCAACCUACUGAGUGGACAGUGCAAGUCAGUCCAAAAUUUCAUGAAGAUGCCAACAAUUUUGAGGAUUUAGUUCCAUUUGAGGAGUGCAUUGAGUUACAUUCUACUGACAAUACAGUUGUGAAGGCUCCUGAUUAUCUAUUGGUAACUCAUAAUGGGCGCACCUUCAACACAUUCGUUGAUCCUACUAAUCUGAGUGCUGGUCUGCACUAUUAUGAGGUCUAUGGCAUUGACUGCAAAGCACCAUGGCGUGGUCCACUUUUUAGAAUUCCAGUAACCAUAACCAAACCCAAGGCUGUAACAAACCAGCCUCCACAAGUUGUAUUUUCAAAAAUGUUAUUCCAGCCAGGCCACAUAGAAAGAAGAUAUAUAGAAGUCCCACAUGGCGCAUCUUGGGUUGGAGCAACUAUGAAAGCAUCAGGUUUUGAUACAGCUCGAAGAUUUUUUGUGGACACUGUUCAGAUAUGCCCAUUGCAAAGACCUCUGAAAUGGGAGAGUGUGGCAACAUUUUCUUCUCCUGCUUCCAAGAGCUUUGUCUUUAAGGUAGUAGGUGGUCAGACAUUAGAACUUGUCAUUUCUCAGUUUUGGUCAAGUGGCAUAGGAAGUCAUGAAACUACCAGUGUGGAUUUUGAGGUCAUGUUUCACGGUGUAAGAGUUAAUCAAGAGGAAAUAUUACUUGAUGGAAGUGAAGCACCCGUAAGAAUUGAAGCUGAAGCACUACUGGCUUCUGAGAAACUUGCACCUGUGGCAAUUCUAAAUAAGUUAAGGGUUCCAUAUCGACCAGUGGAGGCAAAAAUUACUGCACUUUCAGCAGACCGUGAUAGGCUUCCUUCUGGAAAGCAGAUACUUGCUCUGAUCUUAACCUACAAGAUCAAAUUGGAUGAUGGAGCUGAAGUAAAACCUCAAAUAGCACUACUAAAUAAUCGGAUAUAUGAUACUAAAUUUGAGUCUCAAUUUUAUAUGAUUUCUGACUCAAACAAGCGUAUAUAUUCAAGCGGUGAUGCCUACCCAGAUUCAACAAAACUUCCCAAGGGAGAAUACAAUCUACAGUUAUAUUUGAGGCAUGACAAUGUCCAGGUUCUGGAAAAGAUGAAGCAGUCGGUGUUGUUCAUUGAGAGAAAUUUGGAAGACAAGGAUGCCAUUCGUUUAUGCUUUUUCUCUCAACCUGACGGUCCUUUGAUUGGAAAUAGCACUUUUAAAUCGUCAUCAUUAGUUCCAGGUAUAAAAGAGGCAAUUUAUCUGGGUCCACCACCUAAAGAUAAGCUUCCCAAGCAUUCUCCACCAGGAUCUGUACUAGUGGGAGCAAUAUCAUAUGGAAAACUAUCAACUGGGGAGAAUAAAAAUCCAGAAAAGCACCCAGUAUCAUAUCGGGUUUCUUAUAUCAUCCCCCCUAACAAGGUCGAUGAAGACAAGGGAAAAGGUUCUUUCUUAUCUGGCAAGAAGACAGUUUCUGAGCGUUUAGAAGAAGAGGUAAGGGAUGCAAAAAUACAAGUGCUGGGAGGCUUAAGACAAGAGAGUGAUGAAGAGUGCUUGGAAUGGAAGAAGCUAUCUACCUCACUUAAAUCUGAAUAUCCCAAGUAUACUCCUUUACUUGCAAAAAUUUUGGAUGGUUUGGUUUCUAGGAGUAAUAUCAAAGACAAAAUCCGCCACAAUGAUGAGAUAAUUGAUGCAGCGAAUGAGGUGAUUGAUAGUAUUGACAGGGAAGAAUUAGCAAAAUUUUUUGCAUUGAAAAAUAACACAGAAGAUGAGGAAGCAGAGAAAAUCAAGAAAAAGAUGGAAUCAACCCGAGACCAAUUGGCAGAGGCACUGUACCAAAAGGGGCUUGCACUGGCAGAGAUUGAAUCUUUAAAGUUGGCGGACUUGACUUGGUGUAUAUUGUCAAAGGAGGUGGAUAAACCCUUGGCUUCGUCUGGAACGGAAGGAGCAAAAAAAUCUGUGGACCCUAAGACUGACGACAGUGACGGGCAAUCAGCACCUGAAGAGGGAACUCAGCCAGACUUGUUUGAUGAGAACUUUCAUGAACUGAAGAAGUGGGUUGAUGUGAAGUCCUCUAAGUAUGGAAUCCUCCUAGUAACACGGGAGAGGCGAUGUCAAAGGCUUGGGAUAGCGUUAAAGGCAUUGAUGGACAUGAUUCAAGAUGAUUCUGAUCCACCCAAGAAGAAACUCUAUGAACUAAAGCUCUCUUUGCUUGAUGAGAUCGGAUGGACUCACUUGGCUACAUUCGAGCGACAGUGGAUGCAUGUUCGUUUUCCCCCAUGCUUGCCCCUUUUUUAGGGUCUUCCCACCUAUCUAAUGGAAUAAUGGAAUGUGAUGUUAGCAGGCAUGUCCUUUUAGUUAGUCGUUUUUAUUUUGUGAAAAUAAUUUAUGUCAGUGACAUUUACCUCAGAUUGGUAAAAAGAUGAAAGCAAUUGAAACGUGGUAAUUGACUUGAAUUGCCAUAACUGUGGUCGGAGGAAGUGAAAAGGCAGAGCGCAUUAGCUCAGAGUGGUCGGUGUUUUGAGUUGAAUGGUUUCCUGUUGUUGUAUUCAGAUUUGGCUGUUUGACAAUUAUAAGAAUUCAUAUUGGUUUAUCA